AUGUCAUCUAACAAUAACACUAGCAUUACAUCAGCAAUUCUUCAACUUCAGAGUGCUUUUCGAUAUCCAAGUCUUAUUUUAGGCUUUAUUCUAUUAAUUGGUGGUGUAUUAGGAAAUAUUCUUAAUAUUAUCGUCUUCAUUAAAGUGGGAAAUUACAAGAAAAAUGCAUGCUCACUUUACAUGUUUAUUCAUACUUUUCUUGAUCUCAACGUUCUUCUUGCUGGUCUAACCACUCGAAUUCUUAGUGCAGGUUUUCAAAUAGAUUUUACUUUAAUGAAUCGAAUCUGGUGUCAAACUCGCUUACGUUUUAUUGAUAUUAAUAGUGAAAGUACAUUUACUUUGAUUUGCUUACAGGCUAUUGAUGCUUUCAUUUGUUCUUCUCCAUCAGUUGUUGUUCGACAGAAGAGCAAUAUUCGAAUAGCACGAUAUUUAAUAGUUAGUACUCUUUGUUUCUGGUCUAUUCAUGAGAUACCCUACUUCAUCUUUCAAGAUCUUGUCAUCGUUGGAGGCACUCCCAUGUGUAUCACAACAAAUGCAAUUUAUGCUCAAUAUCGUAGUUAUUUUGCCGCUCUUUGUAUUAUCACUAUUAUUCCUAUUAUAGUGAUCUCUAUUUUUGGAUUUCUCACUGUCCGACAUAUGAAAGCUAUCGGUGUAACAAGAUUACUUUCUUCUCUUACAAGACAAACAGUUAGCAUGGCAUUAUUUCAAAUACUUGCUGUAUUAAUGUUCAAUGGUCCAUAUUCAGCUUGGCAAAUUUACUCAGUGAUUACAGCAAAUGUAGUCAAAGAUAAUUAUAGACGAGCAGUGGAACAGUUAAUUAAUUCAUUUGCUGCUACUUAUGAUUAUGGUCCAUUCGCAAGUUCAUUUUAUUGCUAUUGUUUAUCAAAAAGAUUUCGAAAUCAAUUGAUUGUUUCUCUCAAAGAGGUCGUUGGUUGUAUACAUACGAAUCAAGUAUUUCCAAAUCCUUAA